AUGCGGUUUAGUCGCCCAUGUUUGUCGUCACUCUUCGCCACCACGGUGCCCUUCCUCUCCCGCUCCUCCCGCAGCGCAUCAUUGGCGAAAAACUUGGCACAGUUUCACCCCACCAUUGCGCAAACGUGGAUCACAGCUGCCUGCAAUAAGUUACUGCAACCCCAACAUGUGUUGCCUUCUAGCCGUAAACUAGCGUGGUGGCGCUGUCCUUAUUGUGAGCAUCAACACCCGAAACGUAUUGACCUCCACGUGGCUGCCGGUGGUGCCUGCCCGAAGUGUUCCCGCAUGCCAACAUUGACGUGUUCAAGAAAAAGAAGCGCCAGUAGUUCCAGAACGUCAGACAACACAUUAGCAGCAACAGUUAAACAUCGUUGUAGACCCGAUAAUUCUCUCGCAAUACUCGAUGCACCGAAUGCUAGUAGGGUAAAGAAUAGUAUUGCCGAUAACGGAUACCUGCGUGUAUCGGAAACACGAAACCUUCUUCCAAUGCUGGCGCGCAAUUAUGAUAAAGAGGUUAAAAGGAUAUCAAAUGAUGAACAGCUUUUUGUCUCCCCCAAACUCGACGGCGUACGCUGUGUCGUUGCGUGGAAUUUGAGAGAUAGGUGCUUGAGUUUCUUUAGCCGUUCCGGGAUGUUAUUUGAUUGUUGUGAUCACAUUGAACCGCAGCUGCGACCUCUAUUCGAAAAGGACAAUAUGUUAGUGUUAGAUGGUGAAUUGUACAAUCAUGAUGCAAGUGACUUUGAACAGCUGACAUCAGCCAUACGAACAACGAGGCAACACCGCACAGCGGGAAUUGAGAAGGUGCAGCAGCAGUUGCAAUAUCAUGUAUUCGAUCUUCUUUACGCAAAAGAAUUUCCUCACAUGACGGUAGUGCCCUUUGGACAGCGCUACAAACAUCUUUGUGACUUGAUGCAAAAGAUCAACUCCGGAAAGGGACAGGGCCGCAGAAAAGUAGUCAAAUUAGUUCCCGUCAUGUCGGCAAAAAAAUCGGAUAUAGACCGUCUGCUGAGACUCAAUGUUGAUCGAGGGUAUGAAGGUAUCAUGAUUCGCCGUAAUGGUAUUGAGGACAAUAAAUGCAUGACUUCUGUUUCGAGUAGUGGUGGCGCCUCAGCUGCAGUGCCUGGUUACGCAUAUGGGGCCCGCUCGCCCAACUUGCUGAAGUACAAACUUAUGCAAGACAGCGAAUAUAUUAUUGUUGACGGCGUGGAAGGGAAGGGAAAGUGGCGCGGUUGCUUGGGUGCAUUCGUCUGUCAAACACGUGCCGGUCACCGCUUCACCGUAGCGCCAGCGACGACAGAAGAGAGGAAACGUGAGAUGUGGCAUCGACUGAAUGUGUACAAGGGGAAAAUGCUCACUGUGCAGUAUCAAGAGCUUUCAACAAAUGGUGUCCCACGGUUUCCUAUUGGGAAGUGCGUACGAGGCACAAAGACUGGUAGUGAUUGGGUUUAA